GAUAUUGUAAAGGUUCAACCAAUUGGUCGUGGAUGUGGCGGAGAAGUAUGGAAAUGUGUGAACAAAUUGCAAAGCAAAGGAUCUGUGCUUGCUUUGAAGGAAAUUCCAACUGAUUGCGGUGAGGAUCGCAUGAAAUUGAUUGCUCACGAGGCCAAAGUCAACUAUCGAAUCGCGCACCCGAUGAUCGUGAAGUGCCAUGCAGUUCGUUACGUUGAUAAUUGUUUUCACCUGCUCAUGGAGUACAUGGAUGCUGGCUCCCUGUUGGACUUGCUCAAGGCGGCGAAUGGAAGGAGGAUCCCUGAGUUGGCCUUGGCCCACGUCGGCAAGUGCAUGUUGCAAGCGAUUGGCUACCUGCAUGAUGAAUUAAGAGUCAUUCAUCGUGAUAUCAAGCCAGGUAACGUGCUUUUGUCACGCGAUGGUUGCGUCAAGCUUGGAGACCUUGGCGUCAGUGCAACUGUCGAGAACACAAGUUCCUUGUCUGAAUGGGUUGGGACUGUGACCUACAUGUCUCCAGAGCGGAUGACGGGUGAAUCCUACUCAAUGGAAUCUGACAUUUGGAGUGUUGGUCUUGUGAUCGCAGAGUGUGCGAUGUCGCAUUAUCCGUACACCAUCGAAGUAGAAGACAAUGGUGCGAUUUUGCGCAAGAGCAAAGAUCUGCAGUUCUGGGAUCUUCUGGACCUCGUUAUAUCGGGACCUACUCCCGCAGAAAAGAUUGCAAGGAUCUCCGAGAACUCCAAGCUUGUCGAUUUUGUUGACAAGUGCAUGGAACGAGACCCUGACUUGCGGCCAUCGGCACGGAAGCUUCAAUCCCACGGGUUUGUGCAGCGU